AUGGCCCUGGCGGCCCUGGCCAACGCGGCCACCGAGGAGCCUGCCAAAAUCAGCGCCGAAACCCUCACCAAGAUGAUGCCCAACCAAACGUGCGAAGGCAAGAGCGACGACUGCCGCACUCCCGCGCAGGCCGCUCCCUUCAUCGAGAAGUCCAUGGCCCGCUACCGCAUCAACAACACCAACGAGAUAGCCGCCAUCGUAUCCCUCAUGGCCUUGGAGUCUGGCAACUUCACCUUCAAGCACAACGUGUUCCCCGGCCGGAAGGGACAGGGCACCGCCAACAUGCAGAUGGCCGAGUUCAACUUGGAGUAUGCCAAGUCCAUCCCCUGCCUCCAGGGCAAGGUUGCCAACAUUACCACCGUCAACAACGCCACCAACGCCACCUUGGACUACAUCUUGUCCCUGGUUACCGUCGACAAGUACAACUUUGGCAGCGCCGCGUGGUUCUACACCACCAAGUGCCUGCCCGAUUCCAGAACCGGCCUGCAGAAGAAUAUCACCGAAGGCUUCGCGACGUACAUGAAGUGCGUCGGCGUCGACCCCGCUGGAGAAAGGACGACCUACUUGCAACGGGCCAUGGCCGCCUUUGGCUUGUCUUGA